AUGUCUGAAGCAAUAAAAGACUGGACGUUGAUUUCUUUUGAUGAAGGUCGACAUACGUUGCGAAAAUGGCGAGAAGACAACUGUCGUCGUAGCGAAGAAACCGUAGAGAUAUGGGAACAUGUCCUAAGUCGUCGUCCGGCAGCAUUUCACGAUGAAUUGUGGAUCGUAUAUGAGCAGGUGUACAUCGCAGCGCUAGACUGUGCUAAUAUGGAAGUGGCCCAGGAUUGUCUUUCGGAACUGUAUAAGAAAUUCAAUAAAAGUCGUCGUCUGCUGAAGUUGGAGGCAAUGAUGCUGGAAGCUACGGGCAGGUAUCCCGAAGCGGUCAAACUUUAUGACAGUCUCAUAAAAAUGGACGAAACGAAUCCGGUUUACUACAAGCGCAGAAUCGCUGUACUGAUGGCCCAAGGCAAGAACGCAAGCGCGAUUCGGGAUCUGUGCGAGUACUUGAAGUUGUUCAUGAACGACACGGAGGCGUGGAUGCAGUUGGCACAGCUGCACUUGUCUGAAGCCGACUACGUCAGAUCGGCUCACUGCGUUGAAGAACUGAUUUUGACCAAUCCGCAGAACUACCUCUACCAUUUACUUUUUGCUGAGAUCCGCUAUUCGCAAGAUGGCACAGAUAACCUCGAAUUGGCCAAAGCCUAUUACUGUGAAGCUCUGAAAUUAAAUCCAACGAGCAUUCGGGCAUCCUGGGGAUAUUUUAUGUGUCUGCUGCAACUAUGUGGCCGAAGUUCUACUCAGAAGAAGAAAGAAAACUGUUACGGCUUAAAAUGGAUCACGGAACAUCUGCAGAAUUUGUACAAGGAACAAAAGACGACACACAACAAAUCGUUUGAAAGACAAAUGAAGUGCGUAGAAAAGAUGUUAAACUCGGCCAAGAAGGUCGAUCUCUUUAGCUGA